UAUGUAAUAAGUUAUAUGAAUCUGAUAAAGUAACAACAAAAAGAACUGGACAAAUUCUGAUAUGUCUUAAUUGUAAUUUUGUAAAAUAUUCUAAUCACCCAAUAUCUAAACAAAGACAACUUUGCAAUCAACAAUUGGCAAAGGAGAAGAAUUUUAAAAACCAAGAUGAAGAUUUCUUCAUGCCAGAACAUGCCAAUACACAUCUUGGCCUUAUGAUCAAUCUGGACUGGUUUAGUCCUUUCCAAAAUUUGGUAUAUUCUACUGGUGCAAUAUAUGCAGUUAUCUGUAAUUUGCCUC